UCUUUUGCCAGAUUUGUCUACAUUUUAAAUUUGGUUGCACAAGUGUAAUGUAGACGUUCUACCUGUCAUUACUAUUUAACGGGCGUAAUUAGUUUUGUCCUUCUAUCAAAGCUGUCAGGGCGGAAAGGGAAAGGACAAUGCACAGCUGAUCUGGUAUCUCUGUCUCCACAGUAACUGAUAUUAGAUUACCCAGAGGCCUUCAGGUUGUGGACUUUUGAACCGGGGUGGACAGACGUCAAAGACGGCCAGCUUCCUGGAAGGAAACGUAAGCAUCUGCUGUUGAAAUGGCUAAAUUCUUCUCACCAGCUCAAAUCAAUGAAUUUAAGGAGUGUUUCUCCUUAUAUGACAAGAAACAUAAAGGAAAGAUCGAGGCCAAGGACCUGAUCACUGUUAUGCGCUGCCUGGGCACAAGUCCUACAUUUGGUGAAAUUGACAGACAUCUCCAGGUCCACAAAAUUGGAAAGCAGGGUGAACUGGACUUCUCUACUUUCCUGACCAUGAUGCACAGACAGAUGCAACAGGAAGAACCCAAGACAGAGAUCCUUGAAGCCUUGAGGAUGACGGACAAGCAGAAGAGAGGGUACAUUCAGGCGUCCGAGCUACGGGCCAAACUCACUAAGCUCGGAGAGAAGCUCACAGACAAAGAAGUGGACGAGCUGUUUGAAGAGGCAAAUGUCAAAUCAAAUGGGACUGUCAACUAUGAAGAGUUCACCCGGAUGGUCACGCUGCCCCCCACUGACUACUGAUUUUCCUUGCAACUGUAAAAUACAUUAAACCGAACCAACCUCUGCUGAUACUGGCAGGUAUUAAUAGACAGCGAAUUACUGUGAAUUUAACUUAAUAAAGACAAACUGUUUUAUUCAUAAUUGACUGAGAUUAGUUAAUUUAUGUCCAAAGCUCUGGCAAGGAAUGGGACAUGCAGACAUCUGAAGUCAAGAUGCAAUGCUUUUGGACUCCAGUAUCCUCCGGUUGUUGCUCAGUGGUGUAAUUUGCCUACUUUGAUAAAAGGCUAAUUUCCUGUAUCUUAAAGAGACAGUUCCUCCCAAAAUCAAAAAUACACGUCUUUCCUCUUACUUGUGGUGCUGUUUAUCCGUCUAGA